GGCGCUUGUCAAGUCGGCGGCUCAGACUCGCCCCGGACUUUCCCCGACUUGUCGGUGCGUCUCGCCGCGCCCCCGACGGCAGCGCCGAGCGGAGCCGCACCAUGAGCCGGCCCGGGCUGCUCUGCCUCUGCCUCUGCCUCUGCCUCUGCCCGCCGCCGGCCCGGGCCCUGACGUACCCCGCGGUCAUAUCCCCCCAAGAUCCGACGCUGGUGAUCGGCUCGUCGCUGACCGCGGCCUGCACCGUAAACACCGACUCGCACCUGAGCGCGGAGGACCUGUACUGGACUCUGAAUGGCCGGCGGCUCCCUGCCGAGUCCUACAAGGUCCUCAACGCCACCACCCUCAGCGUGGCGCUCGCCCACCUCAACGGGUCCAAGCAGCAGUCGGGCGAUAACCUGGUGUGUCACAGCAGGGACGGCGGCAUCCUGGCUGGCUCCUGUCUCUAUGUCGGAUUGCCACCGGAAAAACCAGUCAACAUUACCUGCUGGUCCAAGAACAUGAAAGACCUCACCUGCAAGUGGGCCCCCGGCACGGAGGGCGAAACCUACCUGCACACCAACUACACCCUCAAGUACAAGCUCCGGUGGUACGGCCGGGAUAACACCUGCCAGGAGUACCACACCGCCGGGCCGUACUCCUGCCACAUCCCCAAGGACCUGGCGCUCUUCACGCCCUACGAGAUCUGGGUGGAGGCCUCCAACCGGCUGGGUGUAGCCGUCUCGGAUGUGGUCAUGCUGGACGUUCUCGACGUGGUCACGACCGACCCACCCGCGGACGUGCACGUGAGCCGCGUCGGGGACCUGGAGGACCAGCUGAGCGUGCGCUGGACCUCCCCGCCAGCCCUGAAGGAUUUCCUUUUCCAAGCCAAGUACCAGAUCCAAUACCGGGUGGAGGACAGCUCGGAGUGGAAGGUCGUGGACGACGUGGGGAACCAGACAUCGUGCCGCCUGGCGGGGCUGCGGCCCGGCACCGUCUACUUCGUCCAGGUCCGGUGCAACCCCUUCGGGAUCUACGGCUCGAAGAAGUCCGGGAUCUGGAGCGACUGGAGCAACCCCACGGCAGCUUCGACCCCGCGGAGCGAGAGGAUCCCCGGCGUGUGCGACCCCAAGAGCGGGGAGCAGAACAGCACCCUGCGGCGGGAGCUGAAGCAGUUCUUCGGCUGGGUGAAGAAGCACGCCUACGGCUGCUCCAACCUCAGCAUCAAGCUGUACGACCAGUGGCGCGUCUGGCUGCAGAAAUCGCACAAAACACGGAACCAGGUAGGUUCUACCCAGCGAUAAGUUGUAGCCCCCGCCACGUGCGGCAGUGGCGGGAGCAGGGCGGGAGCGCGGGGCCAGAUCAGCGGUCUCCCCGCGCGGGGCCAAACCCCCAGCCGUGGCGUCGGGGGAGGCCCCCCAUCACUUCUCCGGUGAGGACAGGAAGAAACAGCCUUGGACUCUGGACUGCUCCCCCAGGCCUCCCUCCGUCCCCCCCGUGCCCGCCUUGCUCCCCGCGAGGGCUGGGGUCAGCCGUGCAGCCCCCCUCCCUGCCGGGUGAUGCUCCCCCGCUUCACCCCAGACCUGCGAGGUGGACGGGGUCCCUCCCCCGGGCCUGGCGGGGAGCUGGGGGCCGCACAUCUCUGUGCACCCAGCAUAGUGGGGCCCGGCGCAGCUGCCCUUGCACAGCCUGGCCUGGGGCAUCUUGGCACGUUUAGGUUGGGGGCUGCUGGCCACAGGCGCCCAGGGGGCCAGAGAGCAUCCCAGGGGAUGGGGGUCCUCACGGACCUUGGAGCCACCUGGGACCAGCCGUGGUGUUCGCAGCCGCUGGGCGCCGCUGCUCCGUGCCUGGGGGCAGACGAGCUAGACGGGUCCUGCCGAGACCCUCCUGGAGCAGUGGCCUUGCCCUGCCAGGGGUCCCUGUGGGGCAGAGCAGGGGGCCACAUGCGGCGGGCAGAGCUGGCUGGCAGCCCGGCCAGCUCAGAAAGCGGCUGAGGGCCCACACGUAGAGGCUGCAUGCGUUCACCCCCAGCCGAAAGCCCUUUGCCCCGGCCCCCACCGCUGCAUCCCCCGGAGACGUGAAGCCAGCAGGACUCUGCCCCGCAGGGGCUUGGGGAGCUACCCCUUCAACCGCCAACCACAGAAGCCAAACCAGAGACGGGCCCAGGAUCAGGGCAGCUUCUCCUUGGUGCCCCGGCGGGCUUGGCCUCCAGCCGUCUGGGCCGUGCCAGCCUGCCUGCACCUGGUUGUGAGCCCCACGCUUGUAUUUAAUAAAGGGGAAAAACCAGACAGAAAA